AUGGCAAAGAAUGCCAACCAAUUCAACCCCUUUCAGUGGCCUUGCUUCCUCCUGAACAAACCCAACCAGCACUAUGUUUGCAAGGCAAGAGCAGUGAUGACGCUCCAGGGAUUGGCUCAGCAUGGGCAGCAGUACCCUUGCGACCUUGGUUGGUGUCUCCUGCAACAGUCUGUGCUCGAGUUGUCAGCCAAAGGAUUUGUUGCGCAUGCCAGCUAUGUCGGAUGCUGCCACAGGGUCCUCUUGGGCCCUAGUGCAGCCCAGACUUGUGCCGCAGAAGACUCAGGCCAAACCAACGAGGACGGACUCCAAUCGCACUCUAAUAGCAGCCCCUUCACGCAAGAAACGAGUCAAGCUACCGCCAAGCCCUUCCAGCUGAACCCUGUUGUCAUCACCGACCCCACCAACAAGCGCCUCAACACGGCGUCUCAAGCUCUUCUCCAUCUAUGCGCGCAGCUUCCCUACGGCCCCGAGACAGCGAACCAGUGGAUCUAUGAGCGUCUUUAUCAGCUACUCACUGAAGAACACCCUGAGCUGACUGCUCUGAGAGCAGAGGUGGCCGGUUUGAGGCAGCGCCUCGACGUUGCAGAAGGGAAGCUGGAGAAGGCUAGACAGAGGCAAGAUAAGAAGAAGCAGGUCAAAAAGCAUCUCGCCGUCAGCAUGAAGAGAUGCAUGAUGGAUUACCUGCGUCCACAAGCUUGCUGGGAGUCGCUAGCCAGCUAUGUCAGAUGCUGCCACAGGAGCGGCAAUGGCCUCUUCAUUGCGCGCAUGGCGCCUCUGGGCCAGCAUUCUGAGAUCCAACCUACCAUCAUCACCGUGCCUGAAGAGCCAAAGCUCUUCAAGCUCAAAACCAAACACAGGGCAAAUGAGCUUGGCCCCUGCCUGGUGAACGCAGAGGUCAACCUGGGCUGCCUCAAAGCUUUGGUGCGCCUUUGCAAGUUUUUGUUAAAGCGCAGUAACAUCCUUUGCCUCAGGAUGCGGGAGUUGCAAAGAAUUUGGGCACAGUUCUUUGUUGGGUCCUCAAACGGCAGCGCAAUCAACCCGCCAUCAAUGACUGCACCUGCAGAGCUCUUGCUGCAGGGGUCUUCAGUCAGCAAGGCCAAGAGCACGUCCUUGUCAUCAUCAGUCCUUACACCCCGCCAUUGCUCUUUGGAUCCUGGCGUCUUUUUGGCCCCACCAUACAAAGGCGCAAAGGCUAAAGUUGCCCUGGAUUACAAGCAAUGGACCCUACAUGCAGGCACUUUGCAAGUCAACAAUCAAGCUACGUACAGCUAG